UCGCAGUCAAUGUGGCUGUAGCUCGCCCACAUGGCUGCUGGCAUUGCAAGCUUCUGGAUAUGGUGGAUUUGUGUUACUGCUCCCUAUGAUCCUUCCCUCUCAAACUCCUGACCAUGCAUAUACAACCUUGCAAUCUAUCCCAACACAUAACUACAUACCAAUUCGACAUACACCCUCUUCUGGCAUCUACAAAAGCAAUCAUUGAAGUCAAAUAGGUGCCCAAAGGCAAACCGCAGCAAUGGCAGACACCAAGGAAGUCAUGUCUCCAUCUGUCGUGAUCUCGCCUCCCCUCAUCGACGUCGACCUCUACAAGUCAUUCGACGAGCUACACCAGCGCACAGUGGACAAGAUUCUGUCUGACGAGGCAAGCUUCGAUACUAGCUUUGACGACUAUAGCGGUAGUGAUGGGAUAAUCGCGAAUGAUGACCAACUACAAAGUGGUGGAGACCAGACCUCGAAACUUGCCACUGCUAAAGUUUCCGAACCUGCGGACUCGCCGUAUUUCCCAACCAAGAAGCGUUCCAAGGCCCAAAGGACGGCCCAAAGACACAUCAGUCGGAAUGAUUCACAGGAUGACGAGGGAUACGAUGAUGAUAGAGACACUUCUGCCGGCAUGGAUUUGGGUGGACCGAAUACACACGCGACCGUUAAUGGCGAAGAUCUAGACGACGUUUCUGAGGAGGAUAUUGUGUUUGCUUCUGUAAACCCAGAUCGAAGGAUGGAAUUACUCACCUUCAUCAGCUCGCAUUCCUUCAUGAAGAAGGGCGAAUAUCCUGUGCCGCACUCCGCGCGACGGAGAUUCGUGCGUGACCUACGUCGGCAGAGCCUAUCGGUCGGCAUGAAAGAGGCUGAUCUUGAUCAACUGGUUGCGUAUGUCAAGAGGACCUACCUUGAGCUAUACGGAAAUAGUUAUGUCAAUUGGGAUGGUUCACAGUUCGGUGACGAGAUCAGCGACGAGCCCAGAAGCCAAGAGAGUCGGUCCAAAUUAUCGAAGAAGGAGAAGAAGAGGAAGCGAACCACUGGUGAUGAUCAAGAGCCAGCAAUGAAGGAGGAUAGGAAAGGUUCCUCGAAGAGGAGGAUGUCGCAUGAAGCAAUCGCCGAUGGCAAUGGUAUUGAGCACGAAGUUGCUGAACUGGAUCCGACAGGUUCCAUCUCGAAGCCUCUUGCAGGCCAACCUCAAGUUACAGAUUAUGAUGCUGCUGCAGGCGGUGAAGAGAUGCCCAAAGUCACUAUUGAUCUGUGCAAGAGUGAUGAUGAGGGGACAGAACCAAGCCACCAGCAGGAAGCUCCGAUAAAAUCUUCAGUCCUAGAACAACCUCCUAAUACAUAUGUCGAAGCCACGGAAAAGAGACGCUCCCUCCCCCCGCGUUCUGAGUCGAAGGAGAAAUCAUGUUCUACCAAGCAGAAGAAAAGCGCACAUGUUCGCCCAUCCACGGAAUCACCGAACAAAAGAUCCAUGAAUGCGCAGUCAUCUCCAAAGUCUCCACCUACGCAUCAUGUCGGUGAUGGCACUGAGAAGGAUAUUGAGACACAUCCAUUUCAGGUUUCUUCCUCUCAGGAUGAAAGUACCUCCGUUGCAGAAGCCCGACAGCAUGGAUCCUCCGUGGACGAGACCCAGCAGCAAGGUCGUGUGCCAUCCAAAAAGGAAAAGAAUAAACGAAAGCGUGAUAACCGCAAGCUUCGGAAGAAGAAAUACAAUAUUUUUCGCACAAGCCUCUCAAAACCACAAGGCGAACCGUCCACAGCUGAAGCCGACAUGGCGGCAGGUUGUGUGGGAAAGACACCCCACGGAAUAGCAGGAUGCAAUGUCGUGACCGCUGACGAUCUCGCCAUCCUGGACGAGGCAUUUUGGGAUCUGGAGGAUUUUUAGAUACCAAUGAUUCGCAAAGUUCAAUCACCAGCGAUGAGGUGAGGUCCAGAUAUUUCAUCGCUCCCCAGAAAACGAAGAAAGCAGAUGUGCAUCGCAAAAAAAGAUCUACUUCUCCAAACCAAUUUUCUGACCGGAUUCCUGAAGAGACCCGAGUUCUCCUGGCUGA